GAGGAGGAGGAGGUGCAGAGUUCAUACAGAUGUGAAUAACGGUGCAGACAUUCGAUGCCUAAUUUGGUUUGCUGGGCGGGGGAGCCGCUCCUCCUCUGAGCUGCACCAAGUUAAGUCCGAGAGCUGAAGGAGUUUCCAAUCUACGAUUGUCUGGAUGUCCUGCAGAACAGACACCAUCCACAGCCAAGAAACACCAGAAAGAGAGAGAGAGUUUCUCCACCUUCUCUGAGUUGCUGAUCUGAGGAAGUGAUUCCCAAAAUUCACAAGAGCUUCAGCUUCUCUCAUCACCUACACCUACAUCUCGCAUCAUGGCUAUAGUCGUCCACUCCAGCCCCCUCCUAUGGACACGGCUGGCAGCCAUGGUGUUCGCCUGCGUGGCCUUCUCCGUGGCCGUGCAUGGUGCCCAACUCACACACGGCACCGUAGACUGGUGCAUCUUCUGCUGGGCCUUCAGUUUUGCCGGGACUCUUCUCGUCAUCCUGAUUGAGCUGUUCGGCCUCCAGACCAGAGCCCCGGUUUCCUGGAAGAACUUCCCCAUCACCUUCGCCUGCUACGCCGCCCUGCUCUGCCUGUCCGCCUCUAUCAUCUUCCCCAUCUACUACCUCAAGGGCUCUGCAUCCCAAAAUAAAGUCCAGAACUACCGCAUCGUGUCAACCGUCUUCUCCUGCUUGGCUACCAUCGCCUACAUGAGUGAGGUGAGCAUCAGCAAGGCACGUCCAGGAGAGGUGGCCGGCUACAUGGCCACAGCCCCUGGCCUCCUGAAAGUCUGCGAGACCUUUGUGGCCUGCAUCAUCUUUGUCUUCAUCAGCGACCCCGUGCUGUACGACCGUCACGAGGCAUACAAGUACUGCAUGGCCGUCUACUGCAUCUGCUUCAUCCUGUCGGCGGCCAUCAUCCUGCUCUGUAUCGGCGAGUGCACCGGCUGCCUGCCCUUCCCGUUUGCUCGCUUCCUGUCGGCUUACGCCCUGCUGGCUGUGGUCCUUUAUUUGUCAGCAACCAUUAUCUGGCCCAUCUUCAACUUUGACCCCAAGAACGGCGGAACAAAAGACAGGCCCUCCAACUGCAGCAACGCGAUAGGGCUGUGUAUGUGGGAUAAGGCCAUGACAGUCGCUGUGUUCACAGGUGUCAACUUCAUCCUAUACCUGGCCGACCUGAUCUACUCCACCCGCCUGGUGUUUGUCAGCGCUUGAGUGAAGAGAAAGGGUGUUAGUCCAGCAGUAUGCUCCAAAUAAAAUUGAAUUUGGCAUGUUCUCAAAGGCUGAAAGGUUGAACUGAUGUCAAAUCCAGUGCUGUGAGAAAAUGCUCUGCUCUGUUUGUUUAAUGGCAUUUUGCAUCAGUCGGAGGAGCUUGUGGGUCAUAAUGGGAGCAGGCUGUAGAGUUAAACCAUAACUGGUAUAGAUUAUUGAAAUCAAUAAAUCUAGUGCGACUCCAUUUGUUGUUUGAAAUUUGCUCCGGAAAUUAAAAGAUUUGAUUUUACUGUAGUUCUGCUAGAACAACAUAGUAAGAAGUAGGAAAUGCCCAAAGUACUUCUGUAAUGCUUGACCCAGGAUGUACUGUAGAUAAUGUAUCAGGGGCAGUGAACAUGGACAUGGCCUUUUAAAGAAAUUAACAAGUUCAGCUGCCCAAACUGGGUUUUCUCAAACAAAAAUCUUGUGGUUCUUUUGGCCCCCGCACUCACAGUUUUGCCUCUUGCAAACCUGCCAAAUUUGAUUUUGUGCAAAGUAUACUGCCAACUCGAGGACUGUACAAGGAGAGAGAGCGAGAGGAGAGGUUGAGGUCAACAGCUAUGUUUACAUGUACAACAAUAUUCCUUCAAUAUAAAUUACUGAGGCUUUCUGUUCAUGUGUUGGAGCAAGUUAAUGUCAAACCAUUGCUCCCAGUGACCUGGAAAGACUCACUCAUCUUGAUUAUGAGAGACCUGAAUGUGAUUGCUGGGACAUGUUGAUAUUACCCAAGAGAUCUUUUUAUCAGUUUUAAUGGCAGAUCAUCGCUCUCUGUAAACAAACACAAGAUUAUCUCAUGUGAACUGGACGUGAGUAAGAUAUUAAAAAAUUCUUUUCUGAACAAGACUCUAACAUCCAAAAUACUGUGUGCAUGUAAACAUAGUCUGUGAUGACAAAUGAAGAAAAGAUAAUGGCGGCUUAUUGUUUUUUUUUUUGUUAGAUUAUUUUUUUUUGUAUAAUGUACAUUGUCAAUGCUCUGCCUUAAGUUUGUUUUUCAAUUUGAUUUCAGGUAUAAAAAAGACAGUGUUUCUGUUUUUUAACAGCUAGAGGACAAAAUGUAUAAAAGUAAUGAAUAUUAGCUGUAAGGAGCCAAGGUUAAGUUAACGGGAGGAAAUAUUUGAAUGCUAGAAAUUUGGUUAAAAGUUCAAUUUCUGUUGUGUUUCCCAGCAGUAUGCAGAGCAGCUAAUCAGACGGCAUCAUUUGACUCUUUUACACGGCUCCAGUGUUUUUAAGACUUGAAGUAGUGCGACAUAGCUUACGAUGAAUGCUAGGCUGGCUUUUUUGCUCUCGUUAUGAUAUAUAUGUGUAACUGUAUCCGCAAGCUACAAUCAAGAAUAUAAAUGUGGAAAGAAUAUAUGCAAGAUUGUGGAUUUAAAAAAAAAACCCAAACAAGCAAAGUAUGUUAAAAGUGCACUUAAUAUUAGUAUUUCCUAUGUUCCUGGUGUCUCCAAAUAGAAAUGCAUCUAACACUCCAAACUAAAUUGAUCCUGUUGAUUCGGUUUAUUGGUUUUGUACUGCUGUAAUAAAUACUCAGAGAAGGAGACCCCCCCCCCCCAAAAAAAAUAAUAAUAAGAUGCUCCUCUCUCUCUAGAUGUUGUUAGUGUUAUAUUCUGCAACUUUUUUAUAUCCCACUGUUCAUGUUUCUAUCGUGUAUUCCACAUCAGCGUUUCAAUAAAACCAUAUGGUAAACAGA